AACUUGAAAUGUCUUCAAAGAAAUGGUUUGUGCUUGGUAUUUCGGGCGCAACAUGCAGUGGAAAGACUUCUUUAACUAAUCGACUUCAUAAUGAGUUAAAAAAUUCAGUAGUGAUAUACCAAGACAACUAUUUCUUACCGAAAAAUGAUCCACGUCAUGUAAAAAUUGAUGAACUUAAUCAUUUAAACUGGGAAGUAAUAACCAGUAUGGAUAUGAACAAAAUGCGUUCGGAUGUUUUACAAUUGAUCAAAUCGUCAUCUACAGAAAAUAGUUCUUCCGAAACAGUUAAUAAAAAUAUAUUAAUAUUAGAUGGGUUUUUACUUUUCAAAUGCAAGGUUAUUUCAGAUUUAUGUGAUCGUAAAUAUUUCAUAACAUUAACAAAAGAAGAAUGUUGGGAAAGAAGGAAAGGAAGAGUAUACGAUCCACCAGAUGUUCCUGGCUAUUUCGAAAAAAUUGUUUGGCCAGAAUAUUUAAAGCAUAGAGACGAAUUAAUGAAGGACAAUGAUUUUUGUAAGACAAUAACAUUCAUUGAUGGAUUGGAAAGUAAAGAAGAAAUAUUUCAACUGGUUUUUACGGAAAUAAAAAAAUUAUUAUCAUAAAGUCUUAAUCAUAUUAUUAUAUGUAAAAAGAGAAGCGCUUAAAACUAUAAAAAAUAAAUAUACACCAUAAACUGGUUGUGGAUACUUAGCUAUCAUGUAACAAAAAGAUGGUGAUAUUACAAACAUUAGUUUCAAAAAGAAACAUCUGUACAUUCCAGAAUGUUUAGCACAAAAUAUAAUUAAUAUUCUGAAAUAUUUUCCAUAAUAAUCUAGAUCAUUUAUCCCAAAUAUUUUUUUAAAAUUUGAAAUAAAAUAAUCGCAAUAAUACAUGUUUAUCUUGUAUAUUAAAUUCCCUAUAUAUAUUGACAACUGAUUUUUACUGGGCUGAAAAGCAUAGUGUACUUACCUGGCACUGUUGUGCAUUGAGCGAUAUUUUUUUUUUUUAAAUGAUAAGUACACUUGUAUUUCAUCACUUUCCUUUUUGUGAGAAAUGUAUGUACAUGAGUCAUUGUUGCAUUAUCAGUA